GUUCGCCAUGGCAGGCUUACUGUCCAACAAAGUGGUAUGCAUCACCGGGGCGUCUCGCGGAAUUGGACGAGCGUGCGCGGUGGAAUCUGCAAACCAAGGCGCAACCGGCCUAGUCCUCCAUUACCUGGGGGACAAAGAGACGGAGACGGAGGCCCAUGAGUUGAAAACGGAGAUAGAGACGCGCUUUCCAAACGCUCGCGUCGCAAUUGUUCCUGGUGACAUCGCAGAUCCCGCCACAGCGACGAAGACUGUCGAAGUCGGAGUAGGCGCAUUUGGACGCAUUGAUGUACUGGUCAGCAAUGCGGGCAUUUGCCCGUUCGCUGAAUUCCUCACAAUGCCGCUCGCUACUUGGGAACGGACACGAUCCGUGAACCUUGACGGAUCAUUCCUGAUUGUACAAGCCGUAGCAAACCAAAUGAAGAACCAGAUCCCACAAGGAGGGUCAAUUAUCGGCGUAUCCUCGAUAUCUGCCCUGGUCGGUGGCGAGAUGCAGUGCCACUACACGCCCACCAAGGCGGGCAUACUAUCCCUCAUGCAGAGCUGCGCCGUCGCGCUCGGAAAGUACAACAUCCGAGCCAACGCAGUCCUCCCAGGGACCAUUGAGACGGACAUCAAUAAGCAAGACCUCUCGGACGCUGUCAAGCGAGAGAACAUGAUUAAGAGAACAGCUCUAGGACGCCUCGGCCGGCCUGACGACCUCGCCGGUCCAGUUGUGUUCCUCGCCAGCGAUCUGGCGAAGUACGUCACAGGGGCAUCGCUGCUCGUAGAUGGGGGGCUCUUCGUGAAUCUUCAAUAG